CCGGCCUAUUGUUUUCUUUAAUGUUGAACCAGUCUUGUAUUCAUGAAAUAAGCCAUACUUGAACAUAGUAUCCUUUCUAUAUAUUUUUGUUUUGUACAUUUAAAAAAUAGUAAUUGAAAUAGGUGUUACUACUUGUGAGUACCAGAAUCCAUUGAAAUGCCUUUAAAUAUCAUGAUCAAUUCAUUUAUGAAUUUAGUCAAGAAAUACAUGAUAAUUACUGUGUGCCAGACAUUAUUCUAGUGCUGGAGAUUAGAACAUUGAGUUCUUGCACUUAAACUACAUUCUUUCCUAGAAUGUAAUAUAAUGUCAGGUAGCUAUGAAGAGCAAUAAAGCAGUGUAAGGGAAUGGAGAAUCAUGAACCAAGAGGCUGAAGCUAUUUUAAAUAUAUUGGUCAGUGAAGGACUCUAAUGAGGUGACCUUAGAAGAGAAACAAAUGAAGUGAGGGAGCCAGCCAUCUUAUUUAUAAAAAAAUUUUUCAGGCUGAGAGAAUAGCAAACACAAAGUCCCUGUGUCAGAGACUUGCUUGGUGUGUUUCAAAUAUAGCAUAGAGGCCAGUGUUUCUGGAGUGUAGUAAUUCAAUGGAAAGAGUUGUAGAAGGCAAAGUAGUCAGGAACCUGAUAAUACCAAUUUUGUAGGCUAUAGUAAGGACAACUUUGGAUUUUAAAUAUACUGGCAACCACUCAUUUUCUCACCAGGUAUUUGUUGGGCAUCUUCUGUGUGUCAGAUAGAUUUGCAUGUUGAGGAUACAGUAGUUAAUAAAACUGUUCAAAAAUCUAAGCCUUUGAAGAGCUUAGAAGUGUUAGUGGUAAGUGUAGUUGUUUAUAUAAUAUGAAGGUCAUCAGAAGUGGUAGUUUGGAAUAUUCAGUUGGGAAACAUUGUUAUAUAAAAUGAUUAUAUAUCUAGAUAAUUUAAAUAAUUGGAAGAAAUCUUAUAUUUUAUGCUAAAGCUAUACUGAACAUAAUUUAAUCUUUUUUAUUUAUAGGAGACAUAGCUAUUUUCAUUAGUUUCUUUUGGUUGUAAAGUAGAGAGACUUAUUUAGGCUAGGUUUGGAAAUCGCAGAAUAAGAGCUAUGAUAUAUCCAGGUCUUUCAUAGACCAGAGCUUAAAAGUCUUCAUAUCCAAGUGUAUUCAUUAUUUAUUACUGUGUAAUAUGUUACCCUCAAAUUUAGUGGCUUAAAUUACAUACUAUUUCAUGAUUUCUGUGGGUUGAGAAUCUAGGCAUGUAAGCUUAGCUGGGUGCCUCUGGCUCAAGGUCUCCAUAAGGCUGUUGUUAAUCAAGGUAUUGGCUAGAGCAACAGUCAUCUCAAGGCAUUACUGGGAAGGAUCUGUUUCUCAGAUCACUCACAUUGCUGUUAGCAGGCUUCAGAUUCUUUGCUAUAUGUUCGUUGAAGACCUUGUUUCUUUACCAUGUUGGUCUUUCCACUUCAUAACAUGGCAGCUGGCUUUCCUGAAUAAGAGAGGGUGGCCAGAUGGAAGCCACAGUCUCUUUGUAACCUAAUCUCAGAAGUCAUCUCAUCACCUCUGCUACAUUUUCAUUAAAAGUUUCCAUUACUUAUCUACAGGAAUCGCCAUGACCCCAGCUCUGAGGGAGGCAACAGCAAAGGGUAUCGGCUUUUCAUCUUUGCCAAGUACCAUGGAGUCUGACAAGAUGCUCUACAUGGAAAGUCCAAGAACUGUAGAUGAAAAGCUAAAGGGAGACACCUUUUCUCAGAUGCUUGGAUUUCCAACUCCCGAAUCUACUCUUAAUACUAAUUUUGUGAAUUUAAAACAUUUUGGCUCCCCUCAGUCUUCAAAACAUUACCAGACUGUUUUUUUAAUGAGAUCUAAUUCUACAUUAAAUAAAUACAAUGAGAAUUAUAAACAAAAGAAAUUAGGGGAGCCCAGUUGCAAUAAGCUGAAAAACAUACUGUAUAAUGGCAGCAACAUUCAGCUUGGUAAAAUCUGUCUUUCUCAUUCUGAAGAGUUCAUCAAAAAGGAACCUUUAUCAGAUACCACGAGCCAGUGCAUGAAAGAUGUACAAAUUAUUUUGGAUUCAAAUAUAACCAAAGACACUAAUGUAGAUAAAGUACAACUACAAAACUGUAAAUGGUAUCAAGAGAAUGCACUUUUGGAUAAAGUUACUGAUGCUGAGAUUAAAAAGGGUUUAUUGCACUGUGCUCAAAAGAAAAUUGUAGCUGGCCACUCAAAUGUGUCUAUUAGUUCUUCAGCUGCUGAAAAAGAGGAGGAAGUAAAUGCUCGUUUACUUCAUUGUGUAAGCAAACAGAAAAUUUUACUUAGCCAGGCUAGAAGAACUCAGAAACAUUUGCAGAUGCUCCUGGCAAAGCAUGUUGUUAAGCACUAUGGUCAGCAGAUGAAAUUGUCUAUGAAACACCAACUCCCCAAAAUGAAGAUGUUUCAUGAACCUACCACAAUUUUGAGUAACAGUUUACCUAAAUGCAAUGAAAUUAAGCCAGAAGUUAACACAUUGACUGCAGAGAAUAAAUUGUGGGAUGAUGCAAAAAAUGGCUUUGCACGGUGUACAGCUGCGGAAAUCCAAAGAUUUGCGUUGUCUGCUACAGGGCUGUUGUCUCAUGUUGAAGAGGGUUUGGAUUCCGAUGCAACUGAUAGCAGCUCUGAUGACGAUUUGGAUGAAUAUACCCUUAGAAAAAAUAUGGCAGUUAACUGUAGUACUGAAUGGAAGUGGCUUGUAGACAGAGCACGAGUUGGCAGCCGAUGGACUUGGCUUCAAGCCCAGAUUUCAGACCUAGAAUGCAAAAUCCAACAACUAACAGACAUUCACAGGCAAAUUCGUGCCUCCAAGGGGAUAGUGGUCCUAGAAGAAUGUCAGCUUCCAAAAGACAUUUUGAAAAAGCAAAUGCAAUUUGCAGACCAAGCAGCUUCACUAAACAUUCUAGGGAAUCCUCAGGUUCCCCAAGAGUGUCAAGAUCCUGUACCGGAACAAGAUUUUGAAAUGUCACCAAGCAGCCCUACUUUACUUCUUCGAAACAUCGAAAAACAGAGUGCACAGUUGACUGAGAUCAUCAACAGUUUGAUUGCCCCUCUCAACUUGUCCCCAACUUCAUCACCCCUCUCUUCCAAAUCCUGUAGCCAUAAAUGUCUGGCUAAUGGCAUUUGCAGGAGUGCAUCAGAGAAUUUAGAUGAGCUGUCUUCCUCCAGUAGCUGGUUACUUAACCAGAAGCACAGUAAGAAAAAGAGAAAAGACAGGACAAGACUGAAAUCUUCAUCCUUGACUUUCAUGAGUACAUCAGCCCGAACAAGGCCACUUCAGAGUUUCCACAAACGAAAACUCUACAGAUUGAGCCCUACUUUUUACUGGACUCCACAGACUUUGCCUUCAAAAGAAACAUUUUUAAACACUACCCAAAUGCCUUGCCUGCAAUCAGCUUCAACUUGGAGUAGCUAUGAACGCAAUUCAGAGUCUUACCUAUUAAGAGACCAUGUAUCAGAGUUAGAUUCCUCUUUCCAUUCUGUUCUAUCAUUGCCAUCAGAUGUGCCUCUUCAUUUUCACUUUGAAACACUGUUAAAAAGGACUGAAAUAAAAGGCAAUCUUGCUGAAAAUAAAUUUGUAGAUGAAUAUAUAUCUCCAUCACCUGUACAUAGUACUUCUCUGAAUCAAUGGAGAAAUGGAUAUUCACCUACACAUAAGCCUGAAAUAAGGUCAGAAUCUUCUGCACAACUGUUACAGGGAAGAAAGAAAAGACAUUUGAGUGAAACAGCAUUAGGAGAAAGAAUUAAACUUGAAGAAUCUGAUUUUCAACACACAGACUCAGGAUCCCAUAGCAAUUUUACAGCUGUUUCUAAUGUCAACGUUUUAUCAAGAAUCCAGAAUUCAUCAUCACGAAAUACUGCACGACGGAGAUUGAGAAGUGAGAGCUCUUAUGACAUAGAUAACAUUGUGAUUCCCAUGUCAUUAGUAGCCCCAGCUAAAUUAGAGAAACUCCAAUAUAAGGAAAUACUUACUCCAAGCUGGAGGAUGGUUGUUCUUCAGCCUUUGGAUGAAUAUAAUUUAGGCGAAGAAGAGAUAGAAGAUCUUUCUGAUGAAGUCUUCUCCCUAAGGCACAAAAAAUAUGAAGAGAGAGAGCAAGCCAGGUGGUCACUAUGGGAGCAAAGCAAGUGGCACAGAAGAAACAGCAGAGCUUACAGUAAAAAUGUUGAAGGACAUGACUUGCUUUUGAAAGAAUACCCUAAUAACUUUAGUAGCAGUCAGCAAUGUGCUGCUGCAAGUCCUCCUGAGCUUCCUUCAGAGAACCAGGAUCUGUGUGCAUAUGGCUUACCUUCUUUAAAUCAAAGCCAAGAAACCAAGUCUUUGUGGUGGGAACGACGGACUUUUCCACUGAAGGGUGAAGACAUGGCAGCCUUAUUAUGUGAAGAUGAAAAAAACGAUCGGGUUGAAUGGUCAAGCACAGCUUUCCAUCGUGAAAUCUUCGGUACCAGUGUACCAGAGAAUGGCCACCAUCCAAAAAAGCAGUCAGAUGGAAUAGAAGAAUACAAAACCUUUGAUCUAGGACUUACUAAUGUUAAAAAAAAUAGGUGACAGGGAACAGGUUAAGAAAACUAUGUAAAUGUAGGAAAGAUGGGAGGAAAUAAAGCCCUGUUCUGGAUCUCCCAUCCCCUCCAGAAUAAGAGCAUGUUCUGCAUGUAUUAAUCUGUUAUGCUGUUUAUGAAACAGGCAAGAUAAGUCUGUUUUUCCUUCUGGAACCACAAGGGUAACCAGCUUUUCAUCUACAGACAAGUGGUAGUCAUUUGUGUUUAUCAUGCAACUUACAAACACCAAGAUAUUAAUUGCUGCAACUUGAUGUCAAAUCACCUUACUGGGUAAUUUUUAAGACUAUGUACCCACACCAUACAUACAUACACAUAUAUACACAUAUAUACAAACCUGUGCGCCAAGUGACAGCUAUUUUUUUAUAUACAUGGUAAUUCAUUAAAAUUGCCUUAAUAUAUUAGAAUAUACAAAUAUGUGUGUAUAAAAUAAACAUACACACACACAUCCCCCUAUGUAGUUUUUGAAACACUGGCAAUGACCCACUCCCCUUGGAAAUGCAUGUAUGAACUACCCUAUGAAAUGUAAGCUGCAGUAUAGAUAAAACACAGGUUUCCACUGAUAAAAGACAUCUGAACAUCUUGAAUAUAGAGAUUAAGUUUUUUGUUGUUUUUUUGUUUAACAUGUUUAACCAACAGUAGAAGUUAUUUACAGAAAUUUAUAUACCAUCAUAACACAAAACUUCUUUAUCCAAAAUCAUUGAUAUCUUUGGGACUAAACACAGGCUACUUUCUGUUUACUCCUAACAAAAUAAAGCAAGCAAAUUUGAGUUAAAUAUUGGUGCAAUUUAAUACUAUCACAUCUUUGAAAACUCAAUUUGAGUUUUACCAAUUAAUGUGUCUCAUGAAGACAUCAAUUU